UCUGAUAAAAAUAUUUACUGACGUGCGCUUUUUCAUUAUUCAAAAGUUUUUUUAUGGAAUCAACAAAUCGAGCUUGUUGUCAUUUUUGUUUAAUUCAAUUUUUUAAAAAAAUUAGUGAAUCUUUAGAGUCAUUUUACUAAAAUGAGUACGACAACUACAUCUGCUGCAGUUAAAAUGACAAGUGUUACUGCUGUAGUAGUUAGUUUAGGAUUAUCUUGUUGUGUAAUUGCUAAUGCAUUUCGUCAGAAGAAACAAUUUUAUCCAUCUGUGGUUUAUAUUUGUAAAUCAAACCCAAGCAUGGCGGUCAUGUAUGUGCAAGCAUUAGUGGCUGUGUAUUUAAUAGGUAAAUUAGCUGGAAAAUUAUUUUUUGGUACCUUACGAGCAGCUGAAACUGAACGUUUAAUUGAAAAAGCAUGGUAUGCAGUCACAGAAACUUGUUUAGCUUUUACUAUAUUCAAAGAUGAUUUAAGUCCAAAAUUCGUGGCUUUAUUUACUUUAUUAUUAUUCCUAAAAUGCUUUCACUGGCUUGCAGAAGAUCGGGUAGAUUAUAUGGAACGAACACCUGUUAUAUCAUAUAUAUUUCACAUUCGUAUUUGGUUUUUGCUGACAAUUUUAACAAUAGCUGAUAUUUAUUUUGUUCAUGAUGCAUAUAUAACAACAAUAACUAAAGGUCCAUCUGUACAGUUAGUGUUUGGAUUUGAAUAUGCUUUACUUAUCACAUUAGCCAUAAAUGCAGCAGUUAAAUAUAUUUUACAUGCAAUGGAUGUAUAUAGUGAUACAUUUUGGGAAAGCAAAGCUGUCCUUUUAUUAUAUCUUGAGUUUUUCAUCGGUUUUUGCAAAGCAGUUAUGUAUGUUGUAUUCCUUAUCAUCAUGGUAAAAACAUAUACCAUUCCCUUGUUUGCAUUUAGACCAAUGUAUCAUACUUUACGAAAUUUCAAAAAGGUAUUCCAAGAUCUAGUACUAUCUCGUAGAGCCAUACAUAACAUGAACACAUUAUAUCCAGAUGCAACAACUGAAGAUUUACAAGCAACUGAAAAUGUUUGUAUUAUCUGUCGCGAAGACAUGACUGCAACUGCUGCUAAAAAAUUACCUUGUAAUCACAUUUUCCAUACAUCUUGCUUACGUAGUUGGUUUCAACGUCAUCAAACUUGUCCUACUUGUAGAUUGGAUAUAUUGCGUCCACCACCAUCAACUUCAAAUUCAAAUGCUGCCACUCAACCACCAAGAACAUCUCCAAUAGUACCACAGGCUACUACUUCUACAUCUGGACCAACUGCUACUUCUACUGAUAAUGCAAAUGCUUCAACAUCAAAUGCAGUUCCUGGAACCAAUAUGCGACCUCAACAAACAUCAUUUCCUUUCAGACCAUUUCCAAACAUACCUAAUAGUGAUUAUGUGGGAAUGGAACAACAGCAGUAUGAAUUCAGGACUAACUUUGUAAAUCAAACUCCUGGUGUAUCAAGUACUAGUAAUGAAGCAUCUUCUGCUAGUUCAAAUAUGCCAUUCAAUUUUUUAAGUAUGCCAUUUAUUGGUGGUGCCGCUAUUCAGCUACCAAUUAUGCCACAAAACUUAACUGAUCUUAGCGAUGAAGAAUUAAAAAUAAUGGAACAAAAUACUAGAGAGGGAUGUUUAGCACGUCUCAAAUAUAUCACCGACAUUAAAGCUAUGUUGGAUGCAGCUGUAGUUAUGAUGAAUCAUUAUUCCUCUGCUUGUCUAAUUGCUGGAUUAAAUAAUACAUCUUCUACUAGUGAAAAUGUUCAAAACAAAGUUAAGGUUACUAAAAACAAUCACCAGCCAGAGAACAGCACAACUGACAAUAAUAUCAAAAAUAAAGCACACUUAAGUACACCUGAUUUAGAAGAAGAACCAUCGGAAGAAACAGAACAACAGCGUGUAAUUAGACUGAAACGACUUGAAAAAUUUGGUGGUACUUCUCAAUAAUUCUUGUCAUCUUGUAUAAAUAAUGUACUAAACUCAUACUUUUCAUAAUUUAAUCAUUAAGUAAAAUUAAAUGAUAAAUAAUGUAUAAUUUUUCUCUUUCAAAUUGUUUUUUCUUUAUGUAAUUUUUUUAAGUUUAUUAUUUCUUUAUUUAUUGUAUAAUAUAAUUCAUAAUAUUUUAUUAGUUAAAAUAUAUGUUGCUGCAAUUGAUCGUGCAUUUAUA